GCCAAGCAACGACUAAAGAAUUGAAAUUCCUUCAUAAAUAAACGUUUGCGUACUAUUUAAUUUUCUAUUAUAUUAUUUUACAAUGCCUAAAGUUUACAAGAGCGCCCACGAGGGCAUACCGUACCAUACAGUCCGCUACGGAGAAGAACCUGGAUGCUACCAAUUACAUAGACCUUCGCAAUGUCGGCUCAAGUUCCCGAUCACCAAGCGCCCGAUUCACAAAUGCGAGGAUAUGAACAAGGAAAUCAUUAUGGUCCCGCAAACAGGCACCUUUAGGAAACUGAUCGUCCCAAAGAAGAAGCCCAACUUUUACCCUGCCAUCAUGCAUAAGAAUGAGUAUGAGAGGCUGAAGCAACAAGCCCAGAUUGUUUCCCAAGAAGAGCAGCUAGCCGCGAUGCACGCUCAAGAAGCAGCCAUACAGAAAGCUGCCAAGCAGUCUGAGAUCAGGAAACAGCAGCUGAAGAAGAACCUGAAGCCACAGCCAGGAGCUGAAGCUGCUACCGGCACUGCAGACCCUGAGCUUGAGGGACCAGAUCAGGCUGCGCAUACCAUGUCUAGAGCUGAAAUGCUGCGAGCUGACAAUAUGCAGGGUCCUCGUCUCUGCAACCGCAUCAUCCUGGCGUCCAAGUGCCACGCCAUCAGAGACGCGCAGAUCACUGAGAAAGAACUCAUCAAGAAGGAACUUGAUGAUGAACAGAGGAGAUUGGACGCCAUAAUGGAAGAGAACCGCCAAGCCGCUGUGAACAGGGCGCAAGAGGAAGAGGACCGCCGUCACCGACUGCGGCUGCACAACCUCUCCGCACUCAAAGAGCAGAUCCAAGCUCAUGAAACUGCCAAGAUUAUGGAAGCUGAGCGCAUAGAAGAAGAGAGUAUUCGCGUGAACCAGGCCAAUAUCGCCAUGCAGAUAGAUGAGGCGCAGAAACUCAAGGAGAAACAACAGAGGCAGAAUAAAUUGAAGGAAAUGCUCGAUCAAGGCAAUGCGGAGCUGCUCUACUACAAACAGCUACAGAAUGAAGAAGAACGCAUCAUGGACUUGCGAAUUGCGAACUUCUUGAAACAGAAACAAGAACGAGAAUCGAAAAACAAGGCGGAAGCGGAGGCUGUUAAAGCGGCUAAGCAGAAAGGCAUUGACCAUAUUUCAAAGGCUCAGAAGGCUGAACAAGAGCUGAAAGAGGAAUUGGAGCGCAUCCGCAACUUGAAGAUACAGGAGGACGUGGAGCGAGAGUACCGACGCAAAGAGAGGGACGCGGCCAUCAAGAGGAACAGGGAGAUGAAGCAGCUGCAUGAAGCUAGGGUGCAACAGAUCAACGACAUCCACCGUCUCAUCGCCCGUGAGAUAGCCAAAGACGAACAGAGCUUCAACAACGCAGCGCGGCAGAAUGAAGAGUUCAUACGAAGGGAGAAGGAGUUGGAGGACAAGCGGAAGGCUCAGAUCGAGCGACACCGACAAGCCAUCAUGAAACAGAUCAAUGACAAGGAACGUGCCAGGGCUGACCUUCGCGAGAAGAUCCACAACGAAGGCGUGGCGCUCCGCAUGGAGCAGGAACAGCAGGAGAAGUACGAGAAGGCCGUCAUCAAGGAGAAGGUGGCUACGCUGCGCAGCCAGAAAGUGGCGGAGAAGUACGUCAAGGAAGUGGAACAGACGCUCACCAAGCACGGAUACGUUCAGUAGAAUGGAGUGUGAACAAAAUUGUGCUCUAUUUUUUCUUAUUCAGUGGAUUUUUUUACACCAAUGAUGAUAAUUUUGUUA